CUGAGUCAGAAAUAGUGAGAGGCUCCAACUCGCAACUUCCACUCUCCCAGUGAGAACGGAGCGAGAGAGAGAGGCCGAGAGAGAGAGAGGCCGAGAGCCGCCGCCGCCGCCAUGAAGAUCCUGGUCGCGGUGAAGCGGGUGGUGGACUACGCCGUCAAGGUGCGCGUGAGGCCCGACCGGACGGGCGUGGAGACGGCCAACGUCAAGAUGUCGAUGAACCCCUUCUGCGAGAUCGCCGUCGAGGAGGCGCUCCGGCUCCGCGAGGCCGGCGCCGCCGCCGAGGUCGUCGCCGCCACCGUCGGCCCCGCCCAGUCCGCCGACACGCUCCGCACCGCGCUCGCCAUGGGCGCCGACCGCGCCGUCCACGUGCUCCACGACCCGGACCCCGCGCGGCCCCUCCUCCCGCUCGCCGUCGCCAAGAUCCUCCGCGCCGUCGCGCUCCAGGAGAAGCCCGGACUCGUCAUCCUCGGCAAGCAGGCAAUUGAUGACGAUUGCAACCAAACUGGACAAAUGCUAGCUGGAUUGCUUCAGUGGCCACAAGGAACCUUUGCCUCCAAGGUUAUAUUGGACACAGAAAAACAAAAAGCUACUGUUGAGCGAGAAGUUGAUGGUGGAAUUGAAACCAUCUGCCUUGAUUUGCCAGCAGUGAUCACCACGGAUUUGAGACUUAACCAGCCAAGAUAUGCAACUUUGCCCAACAUAAUGAAGGCAAAAUCCAAAGUUAUUAAGAAAGUCGCCCCUGGAGACCUCGGUGUAGAUAUUAGAUCAGACAUGGAGGUCAUUGAGGUCAAUGAACCACCAAAACGGAAAGCAGGGGUGAUACUUUCAUCUGUUGACGAACUCCUUGACAAGUUAAAAAAUGAAGCAGGUGUCUUGUAACAAUUUGUAUAUUAUUCCUCACUGAAUGUGGUCUGACGUUCAUUUGUAUAAGUUACAAUAAAGAUGUCUCUCCAAAAGUUCAGACCAUUUACAAAUAAAAUAAGUGUUUCCAUGAACUAAUUAAGACGCUAUUUCAGAAA